UGAGUUUUACUUAUUUCAUUGAGAAUUAAGUAAAGUGAAACCUUUAAAAAUCUUAAAACUUCUUAACUGUUUGCAUAUUACAUUAGCUACUUUACAGUGACAGUGAAAGACAUUAUGUAAACUUAUAACAAAUUUAUUUUGUGUUACUUUUAUUAGAGUUGUUUGAUUUAUUUAUGCACAUAGGUUAUAAUAUAGAAAUUAUACCAUGGAAACUAUGGAAGUUGUGGAAGAGUCUGUGGUUCAGAGUGUAUUAAGCGAGGAAAUGUUAAUUAAUGUUAACGAUGGGACGCCUUGUAUAUCCAGCGCGGCAGACGAGAUUCCGAGGCCGAACGGUGUCGCCGAAACUGAUGCCAUGGCCAACUCUGAUUUAGUAGCGGUGGCCGAGACCACCGUUCAGGAUCAGAUACAGGUUGACAGCACAACAGAUCUUAUUCAGGUGCCAGUAGAUACGAUUAAAAUUAGUGGACCAAUAUCUGUAGAAACUGUUGUUUCUACUGAGCCUAGUGCUGAGGCAGUGCCAUCAACAACUGAAGGCGAUAAUCAACUUUACACUGAAAAUCAAGCGGAAAUGAUUGCCAUCAUCCCAGAGUUGGCUUCUAAAAUACCUGAAGAAAUAUCAGAGUUACUUGUUGGUCAAUCCGAAGAGAUUAUCGAAGAAGUUAUUCCACAAGCAGAGGGAUCGGUUGACAUGAAUGUGGAGUCUAGUGACCAAGUGACUUUUAAAACUGAAAUAUUAGUUGAGAGGAAUGAAAAUGACGCGAAUGAGAUAGAUAAAAAUGUAGGUCAUGCUGAUGAGCUUGAUGCCUCCAAGAGUAUGCUCAGUGCAUUGAGUGAUGUGCUGCACUCAGACAACAUGGAGAACAAUAAUGGUUCUGUGAGACAAGAAGUUUUAAACAAAGAAGAAUUAUUAAACAUUUUGGAAGGCAAUGUUGAACAGACUGAUGAACAGUAUAGUAAGAUUAUUCCAGGUGAUCAUAAAGAUGUAAAAACCAUGGAAGCCCAGUUGGCUUUACAACAGUUAACAAGAUUGAAAUCCACUAAAAGAACUGUGAGACAAACUCCCCGGAGAAAAAAAACUGAGAAAAGGGUUUCAAAAAAUAGUAGUGAAAAAUCUCACAAAGAAGAAACCCUAGCAGAUGAAAAUGAGGUAAAUUCUGAUGAACCUAAACCUAAAAAAAUUACAAAGGUUUCAGGCCCAUCUUCUAAGACUUCAGAUGUGUUGGCUUCAGACAGUAAAACAAGCAAAAAGGAUAAGAAAACAUCAGAAGAGAAACAAGAAAGUAUGUCUUUGGAAACAAAGAGUAAAAAAAACCGACAUACAGAUUCAGAAAUAACAACCAAUGCACCCAAAUCAACUGAAGCUAAGAGUAAAAGAAAUAGAAAACCUGUAGACAUUGUUUUGAAACACUCAGAAAGUCCUACUGAAAGUAGGGUAAAAAAAGAAAACCAAAAUGCUUCCACAAUUGCUAAUGAUAUGGAAGUAUAUGAUGAUGACGACACAGAGACUGAUGCUAAUAUAUCAAAUAGUGUUAAGGGUAACAUUGUUAAUGACCUGGUGAGAGAUUGGGAAGAUGAUGAACCGACAAAAGAUGAUGCUGAUGAAAAACUAUUAGAGGAAAGUCAAGGCCUUAUCAAGUCUACUGAAACACUUACAACAGCAAUAGAAACUGUUGCUGAGUCAGACCGCAUUGAUGGGUCAUCUAUUGAUUCGUCUACCAGUGAUGGUACCGCAACAAAUAAGACUGCAGAUGAUGGUCAGCCCCAGCGCAGACUUGGUAGAGUUAUUAAGAAAAAAGUCAUAUUUGACCCUGAUAAUCCAGACACAUUCACAAAGGGUAAGCUUCCUGUAAAACCUAAAGAAGCCUCUUCUGAUAAGGAGCAGCCAGCUGCUAAAAAAAUUAAGACUGAAGUUCAGCAAAGGCCAAAGUCAAAGUCCCCAACAGGAAAAAUGCACUGGAAAAAGCCACCGCCGAAAGCCAGUAAAGGAAAUAAAAGACUCUCUGAAGUUGACAAGUUAUUAAUGGAUGAGGGUGCUGUAAAUAUGAUAUACCAGCUUACACCUGAAGCUCCUAAGGGUAAAAAGAAUAUGAGAACCAAAGCAGAAUUUAUCAAGAAAAUCCAGAGUUCAACUCCAGAUGGCAAAGAAAUGAAGUUUAGGGAAAGAAAGAAGGAGUGUAUCAAAGAGGAAUCAGAAGCUAAGAAGAUUGCAGGUGGAAAGCAAAGGGGAUCUCUGAGUAGUUCAGUCAAGUCAGUAGGUGAGGACUUUGAGACUCACAGUGCUGAUGACUCAAUUAUUUACCGUCGUCAUUCUUCAAGCUCCUAUUCUAGCAACUGUAUGAGCCCACUCAGGCUAAAUGACCAAGAUUCCAGCGCGUUACAAGACUCCUCGCGUCUCUCCCGGCAAAUGUCCGAUAGUCAGAAUCUUUCUAAUGCUGAUGAAGAUUCAGUUGACCAAAAAUCUGAAGUAUUUAUGGCUGAUGCUAAUAUAGCCUCACCUAGUGAAGUAAUCAAUAAAAGUGACUGUUUGUCCAUUAAACAAAAGCUGAACUCCAAACUCCAGAAUGUUUUAAACAAAAGGAAACGUGACAAUUCGAAAACAGAAAAGCCUGCAAAACAGAAGAAAGUGACUCCUAAGUUUGACGAAAAUUCUUUUAAGAUGGAGGAAGAACAACAACUGUCCAAGCUAAAGAACUUGUCUGUGAAAUUUGAUCAUAAUUUAGCAGAAAUUAAUGUAAAACGGAAAGGUGAUCACUAUACUAUCGAGACUUUGAAAGACCUUGAACUGGCGUUAGUGUACGUAAACAACAAGGAAGACAUCGCCGUGACACUCCUGUCCUCUGAAUGUGGAACACUGUGCUCAUCUAUUGAUUUAAGUCCCUUGCUCACUGAGGAUGUGGAGAUCAGAACUAGCAAUGCUGUCUUAUUUGCAGAAACUAUAAGAUCCCUGUUGAGCACAGUGGAGCAGCACAGCAAGCUCCUGUGCGCGGGCGUGAGCGGCGCCUGCUCGGGCGUGGGUCUGGCGCUGGCGGCGCUGGCCGACGUGGCGGUGGCGGGCGAGCGCGCCAGCUUCGCCCUCGACUGCCUGCUCCUCGGCUCCGCGGCCUUCAUAGGACACGGCCGCUUGCCGAAAUACACGGUUGACAACUUGGUUGUGUUCGGCCGCAGACUGUCGGCCGAGGAAGCGCAGCAGGUUGGGCUGGUCAGCCGCGUGGUGUGGCCGGACCGGUUCCACGACACGCUGCGGAGCAUAGCCAAGGACAUCGCAACACAACCUAGCAGGACUAUCUUGGUGAAGAAGCAACUUCUGGCCAUAAACAGAAGUGAAAAAACAUUCCAAUCGAGUUUGGAGAUGGAACGCGAUCUCCUCGUCGAUUAUUGGACGUCCGACGAGGGCGUGGAGGCGCUCCGAGCUAGCCUGGACACAGCCUAACCCUUCACAGCCAUGCUACGGAGACUACACGUGAAUGUAAAUUAAGAACUAUAUUUAGAAUUUAAUUAUAGCCAGUAGUUAAUAUAAAUAAAUUGUGACACUUUGAAUUAUUUGUCAACUACAUGUGUUUGAAAAAAUAUAUAUGUAUAGGUAAACCAGAACU